AUAAAGAAAAUUUUGUGCCGCGAACAUUCAACUCACUUCAUUCGAAAAAUGAAGGCAAUUUAUGAACACAUCUGCAUCAAUGUUCAUCAUUUAUUAAUAUAAGUUACUAAAGAUGUAAAUCGACAGGUGCUUAAGUCUUGCUUGAGAAUUUCCCGUGGAAAACUGGCAAAUCAAAGCAAGAUAACUUUUGAUGUGUACUGGACGUCACGAACGAACGGGAAGGUUCUUUCGGCCUAAACGGAAGGACAGCGAAACACAUUUAGAAUGGAGGGAAAAUCAGAAAAAAGAAAUAUUACUGGAGAUGACAUAGAAUAUCUUCAUAUCAAUGAGGAAACAGCAAUAAACCCAAGCUCUCAGUCAAGAACAAUUGUUUCUGAAUUAUGGAAAUUGUCUUUGUUAAGACUUUAUGGUGGCAGUGAAAUUCAAAGGAAAUGGUGCGAAAAUAUAUAUCAGUCCGUGAAGUCAAAUAUAAUGGCUGAAAAAGAAGAAGACAAAUCGCUUAAACCGAUCAAAGCUAUUGACGAUGGAGAAUAUUUGGCAAUAGACGAAUUUGAAAAGCAUUCCAAGCAUUUUUUGUCAUCAUUGAAUGAAGAUGGGAGUCUUGAGGGGAAGUAUGAAGUUAUCUCCAAAGACUUAAUAAAGCUUGUUGUGAGUCAAGGAAUCUAUGAUGGAAGAUUCCGUACAACACUUAAGACAUUCACAAGCGCACUAGAGGUCGAUUGGGAGGAGAUUGAUCACUUCGAGCAAUCACUUGUGGAAGAGCUAGUUAAAAUACGAUCGGAUGAAGAACAAAGAGAAAAGAGACGACAGACAGAACAACAGAAAAGAAAUUUGAAAAGAGCUUUUGUGAUUGGCCUAACUGCUGUUGGUGGUGGAGCUAUUUUGGCGUUAUCAGCUGGCCUAGCCGCUCCUUUGAUCGGUGCAGGGGCGGUUGCAGUCCUCGGCAGUGGAUCAGCUGCAAUUUUCACUGGUGCAUCUGGCUUGGCAGUUAUUACGUCAAUAUUUGGAGCAGCUGGUGCUAGUUUAGCCGGAUACAAAAUGACAAAAAGAAUAGGGAAAAUUGAACAAUUUGAAUUCGGCUCUUUAAGCAACGGAAAACAUCUACACGUGGCCCUAGCUGUGUCUGGUUUCUGUGGAAGCGAUGACAAUGAUGCUGGGUUUUCGGUGCCAUGGGAAGCAUUGGGAAUAUCUACAGAGCAGUAUUACUUGAAGUGGGAGGGAAAGUAUUUGAGAAACCUUGGAAGCUCAAUAAUCGACUUUGUGAAACGAGAAGCUAUGCAGGCUGCCGUUAAAGGAAUUCUCAAGUAUACAGCUCUGCGAGCUGUGUUGAAAUCGAUCGCCUGGCCUCUGACUCUUAUAAGCGCCGCCAAUCUCAUUGACAACCCAUGGAACGUUUGCACGCAGAGAGCAAAAGAGACUGGAAUCCACCUUGCGCAUGUACUGCUAAGCCGACACCAGGGUUAUCGACCGAUUACGCUAAUUGGCUUUAGUUUAGGAGCAAGGGUUAUAUUUUACUGUUUGCAGACAAUGCUCAAUGAGAAAGGUUAUGAAGGUAUCAUCGAGGAUGUUGUGCUAAUUGGAGCUCCUGUUGGCGUCAGCUGCGAAGAAUGGGAAGCAUUAGAGGCAGUUAUAUCAGGAAAAUUGUACAAUUGCUAUUCAAGGUCAGACUGGCUGCUGAAAUUUGUGUAUCGUGCCGCUUCUGUUCAAGUUGGUGAUAUUGCUGGGCUGGGGCCGAUUGAAGUCAGUUGGCCAAGACUUGUUAAUAUUGACCUGACAGAUGUCGUAAACAGCCAUUCUGAAUAUGCUGAACCAACAGUCAUUCAUGAUGUUCUGCAGUUGAUUGGUUACAAAACGAACCCUGUGGAAACAGCAACAGCCGCAACUGCCGUGAAGAUGCCGCAGGACUAUGUCAAAGAAAUCUCCAAAACGCCAACGAAAAUCCUUCCACAGAGUUUCCCGUUGCCUGGGAAAGACGCAAAGCCACAGCAGCCACUUGAAGAGCUCACUGCAGAGGAGCAAGAAACCCUUGAUAGACUGACGUCAUGUCAAACUGGUACGGUGAUUGACAGCUUGAAGAACAAGGGUGGAUUCUGGAAGAAUGAUGAUUCGGGUGAUGCGGAGAAUUCUGGCAUUUCUGAUACACAGUCGAGUAAGUGGGGUAAGGUUGUUUCAAUAACAAUGCGUAGCUCAUUAGCUCGAAACAGAAAAAUGAUUGAGGCUGGCAAUGUGAUUCAAAAGGACGAUCAAUCUUUACAGUCUGAAGACACGUCAUGUUUACAUGAAGUAACAGAGCAACAGGAUAUUUCCUAUUCUGAAUGUAAUGAUGGUGACGUAUCGAAGAGUAGUUGCCCUAAAGGUGAAGUAUCGGAUAUGGACGGGGAACUGAAAUAUACAGAUGCAGUACAGGGGGGAAACGAAGUGAGGAACACAAAUCAGCCAAAAGUUACUGUUGGCUUGAGUAAAAGUAUUGACAGCCAGGUUUUAAGUCGAUGUGGAAAUGAAGAAACCAUCGAAGAUAGUAAAACAGGUGAUGCCUUGAUGCCAAAGGAUUCCUCAAAGGAGAAAAUGAGAUCUGGGACUUUAAGUUUACCGUCAUUUCAUACACGAACUGAGCGCAGUAAAAGUGCAGGUGAUAUCAAGACCAAUCUUAUGAAAGGAAAUGAUAUAAGAGAUAUAACUGAAAGCCCUCCGACUGAAACUAAAAAGGAUUCUAUUAAAAUACCAGGAAGAGAAUUAUUUAGCAAAGUAUGCAAGAAUGUGAAGUUCGCUCUGCCUUCGCCAACUUUAUCAAGACAUAAAAAAAGUACCGAGAAAGAAAGCAGCGGUGAUCAAAGCAAGGACACUGAAAAUCCCGAUUCUUCGACGUUUCCAGGAAAAGCAUUUAGGAAGAUGUCUUUUCCAGGAAGUUACUAAUACAUGAUCAGUUCUUCCUCUAAAAGCCCAAAUCUAUCUGCUGAUUUCUCUAAGUAUAACUUAGCACUUAUUGAUGAUGUCUUUUUUGUUAAGUCAAAACCCCCACCCUUUCUUAUAUUGAAUAAUCACUGAACAAAACCUAGAACAUCAGCAAGAUUUAGCAAGAUAUAGGAUUGAAUUUAUUUUAAUUUAACACUAAAUGAUUUUAUUUAUAUUUAGGUUUUAAUCAUCGUAUAAGUUAUUUAGAAUUGCAUUCAUUCAUUAAUUUAUUUAUUCAUUUGUUCGUUCAUCCACUUAUCCAUACAUUCAUAUAUUCAUUAC